GGCUGACUUGCCCUGGGUGACCCCUCCAGCCUGGAUGGACCUUCAUCUACACCACUGUUUGCCUGUCCAUCAAGUUCCUGAGCCUCAUAUCUGUUGUAUAAGGGCAUCUCAGAGGGUGGGGUAGGCAGGGAGGGGAUUCAGCUGCCGCCCUGAGCAGAAACCUAUCUUUACCUUCUGUCUUUUCUUCUAUCUGCUUCUGUCUCCCCCUGUAUCUCGAGUUCCCUCCUUCUACCUGGUGAUAAGAGGCCAGGGAAUGCCUUGUUUCCUGCAUCAUGGCUGGACGCAUCACUGCCAUGUCUUGGAGCUGGUGCUCUUCACAGUAUUUUUAUCAAUGUCAUAGUAGGACUCAGUGCACCUUCAGCAGGUUUGCUGAUGACACCAAGCUGAGCGGUGCACAACAGAAGGAAGGGAUGCUACCCAAAGAUAUCUGGACAUGCUUGAAAUGUGGGCCGACAUGAACAUAAUGAAAUUCAACAAGACCAAACGCAAGCUGUUGCACUUGGGUCAAAGCAAUCCCAGAUAUGAGUACAGACUGGGAGAAGAACUAAUUGGGAGCAGACCUGUGGGAAUGAACUUGGGGGUUCUGGUGGAUGAAAAGCUGGGCAUGAGCCCACAGUGUGCACCUGCAGUCUGGAAGGGCAAAUGGACUGCACCAAAAGAGGAAGGGGUGGAGGGUAGCGGGAGAGGGAGGGUUGUCCCCACUAUGCUCUAUGCUCUGCCCUUGUGAGGUUCCAUCUGGAGUACUGCAUCCAGGUCCGGGGCCUCCAGAACAAGAUGUGGAACAGGGUGUGAGUGAGUCCAGAGGAGGGGCGUAAGGAUGGUCAGAGAGCUGGAGCAUCUCUCUUAUGAAGAAAGGCUGAGGGAGCUGUGCUGAACCCGCAGCCUCGAGGCAGAGAGCCGAGGAACAGCCGCAGGACACCUCGGCCACCCCCGCAACCGCUCAGCCGGCCCCGAACCCCGCUAAGCCGGCGCGCAGGGAGUUAACCGCACCCGGUGCCGCGCUCCUUCGGGGCGGGGCGGCCCAGCCCAGCAGCGCUGCCGGAGCCGGGAGGCGGCGGGGAGCGCGCGGUGCGGCACGGCUGGGUCUGUGGGAGCGCUCCGCGUGGUGUUCGCUGCCCCGUGGCGCCCAGGCGUAUGACAUCUAGAGAGGAGCUGCGGGGACCGGCCAGAGCCAUCGCAGAAAGGAGCCACUGCGGGAGGAACAGUCAGAGCCCUCACAAGUACCUCUCUCCGGCAGUAAGGCAGGUGCUGUUGGACAACAGAAGCAGUGGUCAGGUUCAUACAUGGCUCCCGGUGUCUCAAAUGAGAAGAAAACAGAAGAUGAACAGCCUUCAAGAGAAAAUUCUAUCCAACUGUGCAACCCUCACCUGGAAAAAAUGAAAGAAGACAUCCUAUACCAUUUUGCUCUUGGGACUGGUACCCAUGAUUUUCCUGCAUUGUUUGGAGAUGUAAAGUUCGUGUGUGUAGGAGGAAGUCCUUCACGGAUGAAAGCUUUUAUUGCCUACAUAGCUGAAGAACUUGGACUUGGGAGCCCUGGUGGUGACUACCCCAACAUCUGUGCAGGAACUGACCGUUAUGCCAUGUACAAAGUGGGACCCGUUCUGUCAGUCAGUCACGGUAUGGGCAUUCCUUCUAUUUCAAUCAUGUUGCACGAGCUGAUCAAAAUGUUGUAUCAUGCCAAGUGUUCCAACAUAACCAUUAUUCGCAUUGGCACCUCGGGUGGAAUAGGUCUGGAGCCAGGCUCAGUGGUUAUAACCAGGCAGUCUGUAGAUGCCACCUUCAAACCUCAAUUUGAACAGGUUGUUCUGGGAAAAACUGUAAUUCGCAGCACAAAUUUAGAUGAAGAGCUGGCUAAGGAGCUGCUACAGUGCAGUAAAGAAAUCAAUCAGUUCAAUACUGUCAUUGGAAACACUAUGUGCACUUUGGAUUUCUAUGAAGGACAGGGCAGGUUGGAUGGUGCAAUCUGCUUGUAUAAUGAAGAAGAAAAACUGCAAUAUUUGAAGGAAGCUUAUGAUUCUGGUGUCAGAAACAUUGAGAUGGAAUCUUCUGUCUUUGCUGCUAUGUGCAAUCUCAGCGGUGUCAGAGCUGCUGUAGUGUGUGUCACUCUCCUGAAUCGGCUUGAAGGGGACCAGAUCAGCAGUUCACACGAUAUACUUGUGGAGUAUCAGCAGAGACCACAGAAAUUAGUGGGAUAUUUUAUUAAGAAAAGUCUUGGGAAAGUAUGACAUGUCUGUCUUUGGUUUUUAGAAGCAGAAGGCUUUUGCACAACGGUAGUCGUGGUCACAACCUCUGUGCAUUAAAGGUUCUUUGCCUCAGAAUAGCUUUCAGCAUUCCCCGUAUAUGUGGAAGUUAAUCAUUUAUGUCAGUGUGCUUUGGGAACUGAAUGUGCUGAAUGCGCUUCAGUUAAGAUUAGUUUAGUUAUUGUUGCUGGGAUUUAAGAUUCCCUCUUCUGAGUGGAAAAUGGAUCUGUUGUGAAGAAGCUUGCUGUGACAUAUGAAAAAGCUUCAUUUAUCCCCGCUGCUGAAGAAAAAAUAGGAAGAAAACAAAGUACUUUUUUUGGAAAGUACUUGCAAACCACCAAAUUAAAAUUAAUUUAAGAAUGUUAAU